GCUGUGCAUAACAAAGUUGCGUUAAGCAAAAUUGGAAUUUGGAGAAAAGUUGCUACGCUCAUAUUCUUUUUUUCUUUCCCUCUUCCCUUCUUCUCAUCGCUAUUGUUUUUUUGUCUGCCAUGGCUGCCGAAUCCGCUUCUGCAAUUCACAGAAACCAAGUGGAUUUGUUGGAGCAUAUAGAUUGGAGUGAAGUCGAAUGUCUCAAUCAGAAGAGCAGUAACACUAUUGCCAAUGCCCUCAAGCAGGGUUACCGUGAAGAUGACGGUUUGAAUCUAGAGAGUGAUGCUGACGAGCAACUUUUGAUCUAUAUUCCAUUUACGCAAGUCAUAAAGUUGCAUUCUAUUGUUAUCAAAGGACCAGAAGAGGAAGGUCCUAAAACUGUCAAACUUUACUCAAAUAGAGAGCAUAUGGGAUUCAGUAAUGUUAAUGACUUCCCUCCAAGUGAUACAGCUGUUUUAUCAACUGAGAAUCUUAAGGGAAAACCUGUAGUUUUGAAGUAUGUCAAAUUCCAAAAUGUUCGUAGCUUAACGAUUUUUAUUGAAGAUAAUCAAUCUGAGGCAGAGAUGACCAAGAUCCAAAAAAUAGCUCUCUAUGGAACAACGGUCGAGACAACAGAUAUGAAGGGUCUGAAAAAGAUUGAAGACCAGCAUUAAUCCGCUGCUAUCUAGAAAUUCCGAGUCUGGGAUAGAAGUGAAUGAUUGACCUCAAGUAUUUUGGCCUUCCAGUCUUAUGUCUGCUUUUUUUAUUAUUCUUGGAUUGGAUUACAGUAGCCAUGUAUUUGGCUUAUACCCCAAAGCUGUGACAUAUCAUCUUAUCUGCAAUAGUACCCAGGAUUCGUACCUUUUUUUAACAUUACAGUUCAAUUUUCUGGUUCGUGGUUUAACGUUAUAUGGAAUUUGGAUCUAGGAUUUGGGUACGGAAAACAUUCACUGGAUCUUGAAUUGCAAAAUCAUAUGCGGUCCUUAUUCUCUUCUCUUUUGUGCUACAUUUUGUGUUCUUGUUGCUUUGAAAAAUUAUGCAUUUGUUCACAUGACAGAAACUUAUGAAAUAAUUUAGCAAAUAAUUGGUUUUCGGUUUUUUUA